AUGUGGAUAUCAAACUUGCACGUCGUCACUCCCGUAAGCUCCUCACAUGCAUCAGCCAAAGGGUUAAAAAAAGGUGCAUGGACUCCCGAAGAAGAUAGUCUUUUAAGGCAAUGCAUUGAUAAGUAUGGGGAAGGAAAAUGGCAUCAAGUCCCUCUACGUGCUGGGUUAAACCGAUGCAGGAAGAGCUGCAGAUUAAGAUGGGUGAACUACUUGAAUCCCAAUAUCAACAGAGGAGAAUUUACUUCUGACGAAAUUGAUCUUCUCCUUCGUCUUCAUAAGCUUCUAGGAAACAGGUGGUCAUUGAUUGCUGGUAGAUUGCCUGGUCGGACCGCUAAUGAUGUCAAGAAUUACUGGAACACCAAUUUGGCUAAGAAGCAAGAAUCGCGUUUGAGGAGCAAAACGAGAAAUAGAGAAGCUGCUUGUUCAGAUGCAACACCGGCCCAAAAACACAAUGUUAUAAGGCCUCGACCUCGUUCCUUCUCCAACAACAAUUGGUCCAUCUCGGUUAAUGAUCUGUCCGAAGUUGGCAUUGGCGAAGUUAUCAGCACGAAAUAUGGUUGUAUCACAAGUAAGCUAUUAUUACAAGAUAUAUGCUUGAUAUAG